AUGGGAAACAUCCUGCUAGUACUCAUAUUUAUUGGCAGCAGCUUAGCAAGCGGCUUUAUCGGAAAGGCGCUGAGUGAAUCACCCGAAACUUUGAGCCAGGCUGAGAAGUCUGAGAUUCUUGCCGCUCACGAAAUCAUACAUGAGCACGAUAACGAAGUCAAAAACCUGCUUCGGCUAAGUCCACAGCAGGAGCUAACCUUGCAUAGAAUUGAGGAGGACUUCGUACCACUACAACAUUACACUAAUGUCAGCGAAAGUAUAGAUUAUGUCAACAGGCAGUCGCCGAUAGGGAAUCUCUUGUACCAGAGUGACAUAGAGCUAACAAUUCAACAAGCGCAAAGGCUUGCGAAUGAAGAAGUGCAAAUGAUUGCACAAAACGAAGGUGCUAAGGAAUUGAGCAGAAAUAAACGACAAGCAGUGAGAUGGGAUGAUUUCUAUGUUCCUUGGCCAAAUGGCGUAUUGUACUAUGCAGUGCCUGCCGGUGCAGAUCGUAGGGUACAAAGCAUCGUCAGAGAAGCGGCAGCUAUCUGGAUGAGGGAUACUUGCGUGACUCUUGUUGAGAACGAUAAAGCGGAACAACGAGUUGAAUUUAACCUAUGGGUUCAAAUGUGCUCUUCCCUUAUAGGAUUUGCAAAUCAAGGGGUGCAAUAUAUAAAAUUUGGAAAAGGAUGUCAUUAUGUUGGUACCGCCGUACAUGAAUUCGGUCAUGCGCUUGGAAUGUUUCAUACGCAUUCUAGACAUGACCGAGAUGAUUACCUCUUUAUCGAUCCAAUGCACGUUCAAAUAGGAGCAGAGCGUAAUUUUGUCAAGGAGACACCAGAAUCAAACAACAAUUAUGACAUUCCUUUUGAUUACGGAAGUAUCAUGGCCUACGGAGCACGAAGCAUGAUAGCCUGGUCCCAGCAGUUUAAUAAGGAAUCAUAUACUAUGGUACCCAAAGACAUGAAUUAUAUCGACACAUUGGGAUCACCAUUCAUUGCUUUUUACGACGUACUUAUGAUGAACAAGAUGUACGAUUGCUUGAAAAAAUGCGACGGAGUGCAACAGUCACCCGUGCAAGAUAGAGUCAAGCGACAAACGCGGAUGGUUGUUAGGACUGUCACUACAAGAAAUGGAAACGGUCCAGCUGUGACCCACACUUUUACCAGCAACGGCGGCGACCUUAGUGGCAUCCUUUCUGGCAUGAAUCUCAAUGGCUUUAGUCACCUCGGCGGAACUAACAGCCUCUUUGGGCGCUUAAUGGGUAAUCUUGGAGGGAUGGAAGGCGGUAAUAAUGGUCCGAGUAACAAUCAUCUGAACGGCAACAAUGGUGGCCGACUUAAAGGCGAAGAAGGCGAGUCGACUCGUCCAGGAGACAGAGGCUCAAGCACCGGGGGGUGGAGCGACUGGUGGAACUUACCCAGCAUAAUAGGUGGCAAACUUCCCGACUGGAUAUUUACAAUUGGUGGAAACUGGGACUGGGACUACACGGAAACCACAACAACUACACGCCGCCCAGCCAGAAAAUGCGCAAACGGUGGAUAUCCAAGCCCUCGCGAUUGCUCAAGAUGUGCUUGCCCACACGGAUAUGCAGGCCGUUUCUGUAACGAAAGGCCAGCAGGACCAGGAAAGGUAUUGAAAGCCACCACAAGCUUCCAAAAACUUGAGGACAAAGUGGGGCAUGAGGGUGUGCGUAGAACCGAUGAAAGAACGGAUUACGUGUUUCACUAUUACUGGAUAGAGGCUCCCGCAGGAAGGAAAAUUGAAGUGAAAAUUGUCUCGAUUACAGAGAAAUAUGCCUCCGAGGGAUGCGCUUGGCAUGGCGUUGAGAUCAAGAAUCAGAAAGAUCAACGCCUGACUGGACCUCGUUUGAUCAACAGCAGCAGCAACAACGGCACCUUGCUUGAUCAUCGAGUCAAUUUUCCAAGCCCUGAAAAUAAAGCUCAUCAUUGCGUUUUUGUGCUGAAUGCAUAA